CCUGACCGACGCCGCCCCUGACCGACGCGGCCCCUGACCGACGCGCCGCGCCCCUAGCUUGCUGCCGCCCCUGUGAAGCUUCGCCACCGGAGCCAAGCGCCGGAUCUGCCAAGCGUCGCCGCCCGUACCAUCCGCCGGCGCCGCGUCUCCUUCUCUCAAAGAUGGAUAAGAGGACCAAGAUUGUAACUUGUGCUACUACUGCAUACAUGUUGUUGUCAAUGAUGGCGGUGAUUAUUCAAUCUAGAAAACGUAAACGAUGUGCCAGAAGGGUUGGUAUUACCUAUGGGCCUAUGGAGGCAAGGGAUAGGAUGAGAGUAGAUUAUCUAAAUAAUAAAAUUUGGAAGGAUGACACAACUUGCUUGAACAUGUUAAGACUGAAUAGAGGCAAGUUUUUUCGAUUUUGCAAUCUUUUUAGAGAACGUGGUUUGCUUCAAGAUACAUGUCACUUGUGUGUUGAGCAGCAGGUGGGUAUGUUUCUAAAUACAGUGGGACAUAACCUUAGGAAUAGGUUAGUUGGAACUAAUUUUGAUAGAUCGGGGGAAACAGUUAGCCGCUAUUUCAACAAAGUACUCCGUGCUAUUGGAGAGCUGCGAGGGGAACUAAUUAGGCCCCCGUCUUUGGACACUCCAAGCAAAAUUGCAGGGGACAACAGAUGGGAUCCUUACUUUAAGGACUGUAUUGGAGCUAUUGAUGGUACUCAUGUGAGAGCAUCUGUUCCUAAGAAUAUUGAGCAUGCCUUUCGCGGUAGGAAAUCCUUUUGCACACAAAAUGUAAUGGCAGCUGUAGAUUUUGAUCUACAGUUCACCUAUGUGUUGGCUGGUUGGGAAGGGGCUGCACAUGAUGCUCUAGUUUUACGUGAUGCUUUAGAACGUGAGAAUGGCCUUCGUGUCCCACAAGGAAAAUUCUACCUAGUCGAUGCUGGAUAUGGAGCCAAACCAGGAUUUUUGCCCCCCUUUCGUGGAGUUUGGUACCACUUAAACGAAUGGGGAAGUAAUCCAGUGCAAAAUGAGAAGGAAUUGUUCAACCUUAGGCACUCAUCACUACGUGUCACAGUAGAGAGAGCAUUUGGGGCACUAAAGAGGAGAUUCAAAAUUCUUGAUGAUGCUACACCAUUCUUUCCUUUUCCAACACAAGUAGAUAUUGUUUGUGCUUGUUGCAUUAUUCACAAUUGGGUCAUACAAGAUGGGCGUGAUGAGUUCUUCACAGAGGAUACUAAUUGGGCAACCUACAACCAUGCUUCCACACGCAUUGGCCAAGCACAUGAGCAUGCUGCCAUGGUUAAUUUCAGGCAGCAAAUAGCAGAUCAGAUGUGGGCAGACCGUCAAAACAACAAUGUUAACUAAUAUUUGUAUCAAACUUGAAUUUCUUUCGGUUGUAUAACAUAUUAAACCUUUCUUUGUUGAUGUUGAAUAAUAUUUGUAUGAACAUGUUCCUU